UUUGUUAAACAGUGUUUUAGGAAGUGACGUCGACAAAGACUAGCAGGAAAUGGAGAGUUUCUUUUAAUAUGUGUAACUCAAGUGCUGCCAACUCUCAGAGUUUGUACCACAGAAAAGUAAAGAGAAAACUUCAUUUGCUUGAAAAGCUGGAUAAAGGAUAAAAUUGUUUAAUUAUACAACUGGAUGAUUUUAUAAGACUUGGAUACCACUCAGAGACAUAAGAUCCUGGAUGCUCCAUCAUGUGCUCAGUGUUGAUUGUGUACACUAGUGAGGCCCAGGACUGGGCUUCAUACCUACAGCUCAUUCUAGAGUCAUCACAUCGUUUCCCCCAGGAUUCUAUUUCCUUCUAUCUUGUGGAUGAAGAUCAUUCAGAUCAAUAUGAAGACUAUUCCAUUUUCAGCAACAGCCAGUGCAUCUUGCUUUUGCUUUCAGUAGCAUUUAUAGAUAUUCAAAGUAAACCAGGGACGUGGAACGCCUUGAAGAAUUUUCUUCAUCCCCCGAGUAAAAUUGUCGCAUUUUUGUGCGGCGUCUCUGAAAGCGAUGGUUUAAGUGACUAUUUUGAACACUGGGAUAUUUGGAGAAAGCUUGACUCAGAUGACGACCCGGCAUUGUAUGUCUCCACAGUUUGUGAAGUUGUUAAGGAAGAACACUUUAAUCUUGAGGACAAAGAGUCGAGUGAAAAUAGCAUUCUAUCACCAUCACAAAGUAUGGAUCAGUUUGCUCCAGAGGAACCUCUUCCGCUCCCUUCAGAUCUGGUCUACACAACGGAGGAUGAGGUGGAGGUUUCAGAUGAAACCUUCACUCAAACUAUCAGUUUAUCUGCAUCAGAGGAACAGAAAGCAUGCGUUACUGUCCAACCUAACAGAAUCCUUUGUGGCACCCCAGUCGAUAUUUAUAUCGUUAUGACAAACAAGUUGGACAGUCUAGAUGGAAUUGAAGUGGAGUUUCAUUGCGAACAUUCAACAAAAUGUGUGCCGGGAACUGCAGUAAACGAAUAUAUUGUUACACUUCAGUCACCUGAUAUGCCAAGUGGAGAAGUUACUAUGCAUAUUUAUAGUAAUGAGGUGAUUGUGUGCUCAGCAAACGUGAGAUACUACACAGAAAUGGAGGAAAUUAGCAAUUAUCUGGAGAAAGUGAUGGACCCUGUGCAUUUUAUGUGUCAGGCAUUCAGUAUUACAUCGAAUCCAUCAGAGGCAUUGGAUAACUUGUUUACAGAUUCCCUCAAAAUGCGCAUGCCUCCAAAUGGACUAAAAGUAUUUGGAAAUAAUCAGAUUGAAGAGAUGAUUACAAAUCAGCAGGAUGUGGAACUCCCGACAUUACUUCACUUCUCAGCAAAGUAUGGAUUGAAAAAGCUGACAAGCACAUUGUUGCAAUGUCCUGGUGCCCUUCAGGCCUACAGCUUAGCAAAUAAGAAUGGGGAUUACCCAAACACACUGGCCGAGAGAAGUGGUUUUCCUGAUUUGAGACAGUUCAUGGAUGAGUUUUUUGAGACAGCAGACUUGGUCAAGACUCACAUAGAAGAAUCCAUGGCAAGUCCAGAAGAUGAGGACAUUUAUGAACCAAUGGCAAAUACAUCACAAAAUUUCGAUGGCAAGUUUUCUCUUCAGGAAGACAUAUACGAGUCCAUGAUGCAGCUCAAUCCUGAUAUGCAGCUGUAUGAGGACUUAAGUUUGGACGGUUCUUUUAAUGAGUCUCAAACAGGAGACGCUGUGUUGAGAAAGUUUUUCGAAGCAAAUUCAACAAAGCGUUCUGAAUCAGACGAUCUCGUAAAUGAUACCUUUUCUGGUCGAAGACUGGAUGAGGCAGAAGAUGAAAACAUAGAAUACAACUAUGAUGAGGAAGAUGAUGAAGACCCAUAUAAGCUCUGCUAUCCAGAUGACAUUUAUGACACCAUAGAUGACGAUGAAUCUGCGGUUAUGAAUCGCCCACCUGCCCCGAUACCUCGAACAUGCCAGAACUCAGAGCCCGAGGAAUGCAAAACCUAUAUUUCAACAGUUUUCUGCUCCAAGAACUCACUGUAUUCAGAAAGCAACUUCAAAGAGGAUCAGUAUCAGCAAGUGAGGCCAGUGCCAGAGCGAAUGCUUAGCAGUGGUCAUGAUCCCUAUGCUGGAAUGAAGACCCCGGGUCAGAGGCAGCUAAUCUCCCUGCAGGAGAGGGUGAAGGUGGGCGCGCUCACUGUGGAGGAGGCAGUGCAGGAGUUUAAAGCAUGGCAGUUUGACCAGGAAAAACGAUCCCAUUCCGUCCGCUUCCAGCAGGAAAACUUAAAAAAAUUACGAGACAGCAUCAUCCGACGUAAAAAAGGAAAAGGUGGAAAAGCGUUAGAUCUGGAUAUAACUGCUCCAAUGCCGAAGAACCUGCACUGGGGCUCUCAAUUGAAUGUUGAAUGUUCAGUGUAUGAACCGUCUCCUCGUAACACCCAACAGCCGACUGUAAACAGACCACCACAGAGAGGAAAUUGGCAUACAGGAAGUACAUCCAGCACAUCUAGUAGUGGCAGCAACAGACUGAGCACGUUAAGCACCAUCAGCAACAGCAGUGGCGCCGAAGUCGAGAUAGAGGAGACUCAGGAGAACGGUCCUCCUCCACCUCGCCCACCUCGCCAGGCAGGUGAAGGUCUGCCCACGCUCCCUCCUCCGAGAAUCCCACCUAGGAUCCCAGAGAACAUGCUAAAUGAGCGUUAUGUAUCAACUCCAGCUCGUCACACGCCUCCUCACAGACCCAUUCCUCCACCACCCGUAGGACGACGGCCACGGUGAUCACUUCUUCACACUGUUGUGUCACUUCUAUGAACUCAAACGUGUGAAAGACUUCAAAAAUGAAGAAGGCUAAAGCCUGCCAUCUGGUGACAAUGUGUUUUAAAGUACAGCUGGAGGACUUCUGCAGUGAAAGACUUGGCUUUGUGUCGCACGGAAAGGCCUUGGUGUUUCUUUUGUAUUUUGUUAUUGUUCUUCAAAAGCACAAAUUAUGACUAAAUGUAUCAGAGCAAUUUAAAAUAACAGCACUUUCCUAAUUGAUCUUAAGUUGUUAAAAUGAUCACUGGUUCUGCUUUGAUUAAAUUAUAUUUCAUAUGCAGCUUUAGAAAACUAGGACCUUCGGGUUAUUUAUUCAGGUUGUUUUAUAAGCAGUAUGCAAUGUUUUAAUCCAGUCAAAUCGACACAUUUAUAAAGUCACAAACUCAAUUAACCUUUCAUUUCUAACCAGAAAUGUUUCUGUCUGUAUGACUUUAAAACUAAGCUUAAACUGAAACUGAUGAUUGUAACAGAUCGAAGCUGAUUUAUGGAUAACAACAUUGUUUAAAUGAACUGAAUAUAAUUUUAUUCACAUAUUAUUAUGUUUCAUACUUAAAUCUUUUCUUUUCUGAAAGAAAAAUAUAAAGAAAGCUGUAGGAAGCAGAAACAGUAUAUGAAGGUCACAUUAUUUUCUAAUAUAUUAAAUAUGUUAACAAUUAUUUUAAUGGUUUAUUCUGAAUACUUUUUUAGAAAUCUCUUGGUGUAAGGAUUUACAAUCUGGCUGCCUUUUCCAAGUUGUUACAGCUUGGUCAUUGUUGGAACUUCAAGCAGGACAAUGAUCUAGAACAAGUUCAUAUUGACACAAGUAAGAUGCACUGCCUUCAUUUAUGGCCUUUUUGGUCAUCUGACCAAAAGCCUAGUGAAAAUCUGUGGGGUGGAUUGAAGACAUCCACAAAAGAGUACACUGGAAGAUCUGGAUAGAUUGGUUUUUGAGAACUUUUGACUUAGAUGUUUUGCUCUUUAUUUUACAAUCUCAUCAAGCAUGAUGAGAUGGUGGUAUGUUGGCAAAAGAAUUAAAGCACUUAAUGUUGAA